UAUAUCGCCCGUCUGACACCAGGAACAGGACGGUGUAACAUGACAGUUGGAGAGUUUAUUUUUCAAACGUAGCUCUUGUUUUACCGUAAAAUCUCCCGACGGCAGCUUGUUUGACUUACUGUUGUGAUUUAUGGAGCUAUUCAUUUUUAUUACCAAUUCUGAGUCGCUAUUAUUGUCUUAAAAUGGCAGCAUGACGUGCUUAUACGUGAGUGGAAACAGCCUAAGUUUGUUCAUUGAGAGACUAACUGGGCAACCGCACAAUCAUUGCACAGUUCGGUGACCUGUUCAGACUGAUCAAGAAGCACAAAAUGUCGCCGUCGCCAUUCUUACCGCUGGCCAUCAACGGUCUCAUGUCAGCACUAGGCUGCUUGGCCACAAUGAAGCUGAUUCCCACUUUCAAGGACCAUUUCAUUGCGGCCAGAUUGUACGGGAUGGAUCUAAACAAACUGACAAAAAAUCAAGUUCCAGAAUCACAGGGUGUCAUCAGUGGGACAGUCUUCCUCAUCAUUCUCUUCUGCUUCAUCCCAGUGCCUUUCCUCAGUUGCUUUGUGGGAGAUCAGUGCAAUGGCUUCCCACACAAUGAGUUUGUGCAGCUGAUCGGUGCGCUUCUUGCUAUCUGCUGCAUGAUCUUUCUGGGAUUUGCUGACGAUGUGCUCAACUUGCGAUGGAGGCACAAGCUCCUGCUUCCCACUAUGGCAUCCCUGCCACUUCUCAUGGUUUAUUUUACCAACUUUGGCAACACGGUCAUCUUGGUGCCUAAACCAUUCCGAGCACUGCUGGGGCUGCAUCUGGAUCUAGGUAUUCUUUACUAUGUCUACAUGGGCAUGCUGGCAGUCUUCUGUACAAAUGCCAUCAACAUCCUGGCUGGUAUUAACGGCAUCGAGUCAGGUCAAGCUCUGUUCAUCUCUGGCUCCAUCAUCAUCUUUAACCUGCUGGAGCUCAACGGAGAUUAUCACGACGACCAUGUUUUCUCUCUCUACUUCAUGAUGCCGUUUUUCUUCACCACCUUAGCACUUUUUUACCACAACUGGUACCCCUCGUCUGUGUUCGUGGGAGACACUUUCUGCUACUUUGCUGGAAUGACCUUUGCUGUAGUUGGCAUUCUGGGACACUUCAGCAAAACAAUGCUGUUGUUUUUCAUUCCUCAAGUGAUUAACUUUCUGUAUUCCUUGCCUCAACUAUUCCACAUCAUCCCAUGUCCCAGACACAGACUUCCCAGGUUGAAUCCGGACACUGGCAAACUGGGGAUGAGCUACUCUAAAUUCAAACGCAAGGACCUUUCUAAACUAGGACAUCUCAUUCUGCAGGUUGCAGAGUUACUGAAGCUCCUUGAGGUGCACAGAGGCCAGGAAAAUGAUGAUGAAUUUAUUGAGUGCAACAACAUGACCAUAAUAAAUCUCGUGUUGAAAUUCCUUGGUCCCACGCACGAGAGAAAUCUCACUGCCAUCAUGCUCCUGAUACAGGUGAUGGGAAGCGCUUUGGCUUUUGGGAUCCGUUACCAUCUGGUGCGCCUCUUCUACGACGUCUAGAGAAUGACAGAAACAAAUAUUUCUGGAACAAUUUUACAGGCUCAUUGUUUGUGCCUUUUGAAAUAUUCCAUUACCUCAUUACUUUUGAUUCUCAGCCUCGAUGUGUGGCAAAGACCCAGUGUCAGGGUGAAAACAUUUGGCUACAAUAUGUUCGCAUCAUGUACGAAUAUGAUGCAAGUCUUUCUGAAAUUUGAAACUCUAAUUUCUUUCCACCCCAAAAAUUAUAUUUGUGUGUUGGGUUUAAAGUGAUAUAGUGAGGUCUACUAUUCCCUGACGCAACCUCUAUCAUGCAGACUCGUGUUUGAAUAAAAUUCAAUAUGAACUUUUUUAUAGUGCAGCAGUUCAUGGUUUCACUUGUACAUGUGCACUGUAAUAACCAUAUGAAGCUGUUAUGUAAAUAAAAGGGAUAUUUUUUUUAAUUGAUAAUCCUUUUUACCUCUGCUGUGGAGAUUUUUAUUAUUGCAACAGCGAACGGAAGAGCAAACUGUGCACAAUGCUCGAGAAAUUAAGACCACACAUGGAACAAGUUUAAAAGCAAAUCAUGUUUUCUGGUGCACAGUUAGCAAUUUAGUUAUGAAAACAUGUGACACCGGAUACAUUACAAAAAUCCAUUUGGGGAAGCUGAACAUUAGUUUUAAGUUACUGAAUAGGAUAAAGUUACUUUCUCUCUUUUCCCCACCAUGUACUCUAUUUUUUGUAUAAAAGCACUGGACUACUGUGAUUUAGAAUGUACCCACUAACUUCAAAUGGGAUGCUGGUAAUUAUUUGUGAAUAUAGUUGGCUGAGACUGUACAAUAAAGGCGGACAUACACAA